AUGAAAUCGAGGAAGCUGCCAAAGGUUUGUGGCCUCAACUUCUUGACGCUUGUCUACUUUCCGGUACUGGUGUUGCCCAUAUUGAAAUGCUCAGUGGUUGCCACCGGCAGCGCCAGCGGCGGCAACAGCAACAACAACGGCAACAACAACGGCAACAACAACGGCAAUGGAGAUUUCGACUAUCGCAUGCAGCGUGUACGCAACGUGCUGAAGGAGGUGCCACUGAUCGAUGGCCACAACGAUUUGCCCUGGAAUAUACGCAAGUUUCUCAAGAAUCAACUGAAAGACUUUCACUUUGGCGGCGAUCUCCGCGAACUGGCCCCAUGGUCAUCGAGUGCCUGGAGUCAUACGGAUCUACGCCGUCUCAAAGAGGGCAUGGUCUCGGCCCAAUUUUGGUCCGCCUACGCGCCCUGCUCCUCACAGCAUCUGGAUGCGGUGCAGUUGACACUGGAGCAAAUCGAUUUGAUUCGACGUCUCGUGCUGCUCUAUCCCCACCACAUGGCCCUAGUCACCACCGCAGCGGGGAUAGAGCAGACGCAUCGCACUGGAAAAAUAGCCAGCCUCAUUGGGGUCGAAGGAGGUCAUGCGAUUGGCACCAGUCUGAGCGUACUCCGGAUGUUCUAUCAACUGGGCGCUCGUUAUCUAACACUCACACACACCUGCAACACACCCUGGGCGGACUGCUGCAAAGUUGACGAACCGGGAAAAUAUCCACAUAUCGGUGGACUCUCACAGUUCGGCAAGCUUGUCGUCAAGGAAAUGAAUCGCUUGGGAAUGAUUGUUGAUUUGUCGCAUGUGUCGGUACCAACAAUGCUGGAUGCACUGGCCGCAUCCCGUGCCCCGCUCAUAUUUUCGCACUCCUCGGCGCAUGCCAUAUGUAAUAGUUCCCGUAAUGUGCCGGAUCAUGUGCUACAGCGCAUUGCCAUUAAUGGCGGUCUGGUUAUGGUUGCCUUUUAUCCGCACUUUGUCAGCUGUUCGGGACAGGCGACACUGCACGAUGUUGUGGCCCAUAUAAACCAUAUACGUGAGGUGGCUGGCAUUGACCAUGUAGGCAUUGGAGCUGGUUACGAUGGUGUCAAUCUUGUACCCAAAGGCUUGGAGGAUGUUUCCAAAUAUCCGCAUUUGUUUGCAACUUUGCUCGAGUCGGAUAAAUGGUCAGAGGGGGAUAUUGCCAAGCUGGCUGGCAACAAUCUGAUACGCGUCUUCAAGGAAGUCGAAGCGGUGCGUGAUCAAAUGGAAUUAUUGCGAGUUCAACCCAUUGAUCAGUCAAUUCCAGCCGAGGACAUUAUGGGUAGAUCCUACUGUCGCUAUCAAGGACCAAGAACGUGAUAAUUUCUUCAUAUGUACAAAUUAAAACAAUACACUUAACACGCACAACACUCACACUAACACUCUAAAACUCACAGGCCAAUAAAGAGACAAGAAAUUAUGUUAAGUGUACGUGUUGUAAAGUGAAACUUGUUUUAGGUUAAUUGACAAAGUUUUUUCGUCCUUACAUGAGAACAUUUGUUUUCACUGUGUGUUUUUGUGUGUGCAUAGGUAUGUGUGUCAUCACACCCACAGAUGCACGUAUGUAUUAGUGCAUACACAUACUUUCAAUCGCUCAGACUCCACAUGGCAGCUGUUGCUUGGCAACAUUGUGCGCAGCUGGCAGUGAACAUAAACAAAUACAAAGUGGCAUAGAGCCUAAUAUUACACACACACACACACACACACACACUGAUAGACACCCACCAUAUCCCCCUCAUUCAUUCUUAGUAUCUACAAAACUGAGGUUACCAUAGCUCAGCUAACAUUGUGUAAAUAUCAUUGUCAUGUUUACUUUCAUCUUUCGCACUUAGUAAAGCAGCAGGACCCGUAAAAAAAGAAAAGCAAAUAGUUAAACCGGAAAGGAGUAAGGCAAAAUUCAAGAUAGAAAACGCACAAGCAAAAAAAAAAAAAUCGGACAAAUGCUGGCUAAUCAAA